ACGGCGAUCGUCAGCCCUCGGCAAUAAAUACCCUUUCCUCUCUGUUUUCCCUCCUGAACGCCUCCGUUUCCCCCUGUCUCUCUCUUCCUCUUCGCCGGUGAGAUUUCUUCUUCUCAUUGCGCUCGUCUUCGCCGGAGCCAGCGUUCUCUGUAGCCUCUGUGAAAAUGCGUGAGAUUCUUCAUAUUCAGGGUGGCCAGUGUGGCAACCAGAUUGGGGCGAAGUUCUGGGAGGUUGUCUGUGCCGAGCACGGAAUCGACUCCACGGGGAGGUAUCAUGGAGAUUCCGACCUUCAACUCGAGAGGGUGAACGUUUACUAUAAUGAAGCGAGCUGUGGCCGGUUUGUUCCUAGAGCAGUGCUCAUGGAUCUCGAGCCUGGGACCAUGGACAGUGUGAGAUCUGGGUCAUACGGCCAGAUCUUCAGGCCAGAUAACUUCGUGUUUGGACAGUCAGGUGCCGGAAACAACUGGGCGAAGGGUCAUUACACGGAAGGAGCUGAGCUUAUCGACUCAGUUUUGGAUGUUGUCAGGAAAGAAGCCGAGAACUGCGACUGUUUGCAAGGAUUUCAAGUAUGUCACUCUUUGGGUGGUGGAACGGGUUCUGGUAUGGGUACCCUCCUGAUAUCGAAGAUCCGAGAAGAAUACCCAGACAGAAUGAUGCUCACCUUCUCUGUGUUUCCUUCACCCAAGGUCUCUGACACCGUUGUUGAGCCCUACAAUGCUACCCUUUCUGUACACCAGCUUGUUGAGAAUGCUGAUGAGUGCAUGGUCCUAGACAACGAGGCCCUCUACGAUAUCUGCUUCAGGACUCUCAAACUAACUACUCCUAGCUUUGGCGACUUGAACCACCUGAUUUCUGCAACAAUGAGUGGAGUAACAUGCUGCCUCCGAUUCCCUGGCCAACUAAAUUCUGACCUCCGCAAGCUGGCUGUUAACCUCAUUCCCUUCCCUCGUCUGCACUUCUUCAUGGUCGGGUUUGCACCCCUCACUUCUCGUGGGUCUCAGCAGUACCGAGCCCUCACAGUCCCCGAGCUCACUCAGCAGAUGUGGGACGCAAAGAACAUGAUGUGUGCUGCUGAUCCACGCCAUGGCCGUUACCUCACUGCAUCUGCAAUGUUCAGGGGGAAGAUGAGCACAAAGGAGGUUGAUGAGCAGAUGAUCAACGUCCAGAACAAGAACUCUUCUUAUUUUGUGGAGUGGAUCCCCAACAACGUGAAAUCUACGGUUUGUGAUAUCCCUCCGACGGGUUUGAAGAUGGCGUCCACAUUCAUCGGAAAUUCCACAUCUAUCCAGGAAAUGUUCCGGCGGGUCUCCGAGCAAUUCACUGCAAUGUUCAGGCGGAAGGCUUUCCUGCAUUGGUACACCGGUGAGGGUAUGGACGAAAUGGAAUUUACCGAGGCCGAGAGUAACAUGAACGAUCUGGUUUCAGAAUAUCAGCAGUAUCAGGACGCAACGGCCGAUGAAGAGGAUGAGUACGAAGAGGAAGAAGGUGAGGAGAUCAUGGAGUAAGGUUAAACAGAGGAGACAGUGUUCUUUGGUCAAAGAGCGACGGAGCUGAUAUUAUAUCUUUCUUGGUUCCUCUUAUUCCCUUUCAUUUUUCCUUUUGCAAUUUCUAGUUGCUGGUGCAUUUGGUUCUCUGGGCUAUAAAUUUUUGGUUGAAAGCACGACAUUGAACAUCAAUUUCCAUCUUCUUUUCCGUUAGAAGGAAUGCUGUAAGAAAAACGUCUACUUCUUUAGUAAAACGUUGCUGUUGUCUUUUAAAA